UAGUAGAGAAAUGUCCAAGAGAAACAAGAUAAUAGACGAUCAAAAAACCCUAGAAAGCCCUGUGCAUUGCAGCUCUUUGAAUAAACCCUCUAAACCUUCGCUGUCAAAGCAUGGAUCUGCGGUAACCUUGACUGAUCAGAGUCGCAAAGGCCCCCCAGAUUUUCCUGCUGUGGCUGUGCGACCCACAAUUUAUUCAAGGGGCUAUGCGACGCCCAGCCCGUUCCAGGGUGCGAGCACUGUGUCUCGGCCUCGAAAAACAUCCACUCCUCCCUCCGCCGAAGUAUAUGUUCGCUCUCGUACCCUCAGCCUGCCAACAAUCCACCUCUCGUCCUGCUCCAGCUCGUGAACUUCCCCCACCUCCUACAGUGUCACACGUCACAUUUACCGCCGCGGACGACGGUGCCGAAGAUAAAUCUCCGUUAUCGGCGGAUGGGAGUUCUUCCGACAUAUCGUGUGCUUCAGCCAUUUGGCGGAUCCAAGACCUAGCAAUGGAUGAAAUUAAUGAUCAACGUUAUCCGCCAUAUAAAGAGAUCAGCCUAGGCUUUGAUUGUGACUUCGGUACUCAGCGCCAACGGGUAAAGAAGUCGAGCCGCAUUCACGUCAGGGACGCCGCAGAAUCGUCUCCACCACCACUAGCUUUCCACCAGCUGAAGAAGUCUAUGUCGCAUUCAACCCUGCAAAAGGCUAAACCAAGUUCCGGCGGUAUGCAAGAAUCUUUUGGAGGAGACAAGGGAUUGAAAAAACAACAUUCCUUCCAUCGUUCACGUGCCUACACACCCCCUACUUCUACGCCAACCUCUCCUUCCACACCAUCCGAUCACGAUCCUUUAUCAACAGAAGGCCGUAUACCACCGCUCCCACAUUCUCACACUGUUGUGCGAAAACGUAUGUUUUCAGGCUCUAGGAAACCGUCAACAGCAAUGACAGAUGAAGAUUUACGCUCGGUAUUCAGUCUUCCAACAGAAGCAGGGUGCUCCCACUUGACAUCACCCAGAGCUGUUGUGUCCCUGCUUGAUGAACCUUCUUCAGAAUCUCUUGCAUCGGGUAUAGUAUACCCAGCCGCGGAGUUUACCCCGCAAUAUAUCAUGUCCCCCGCGGAAAUGUUGAAGAUGGAGGCCAUUGUGCAGGGUGAAUUUGACGCGAAGUAUGGAGAUGCUCUACGAAAUCCCCAGCAAGCCACAUUUGCAUCGACGCCUAUGUAUGGUACCAUGUACAGGAAGGAAGGCCUGAAGACGACUGUGUCGUCUUUUCCGCGUUCGGCCCCUACUCGCAGUGCAUCAAAUGUUUCCAAAGGACCCACGCCUAGAUCAUUUCCACGUCCCUCCACUGCACAAAUAGUUUCUUCGACAUUAACAUCCCAGUCAUCAUUAACCAAAGUUGGUCUACCGCCCCCACAACGUCAACGAGCUCGGCCGCAUACUGCCGAGACGAUGUGCCAUGAAGACCUAUUUAACAGGCGAUCAAGCAAUGUCCCAUUUAUCCCUCUAUCGCCGCCGCCGCGCCCAAAGUGUGCAAUUGCAAUUCGAACACCAUCGCUCGUGGGCGACACGGCGGUACCGCAGCGAUCCGUAAUUAGGAAGCCCUCCUUCCUGGAGAUUACGGAUGACGCCAAUUGUUAUGAAGGCAGCUUCCUGGAUUUUGACAGCGGAAAAGAGUCUUUUGAUCUCUCCUUCGACUGACUUCAACUGAUGAAGAAGAUGGGAAUUCUAUCCCCAUUUGAUACAGCCUUUUUUCCGAUAGACACGUUCUUUUAAAUUGAUCAAUUAUUCGGUCUAUUAUUCUUACGUUACUUACUCUACUGCUCGAAUAUUAAUAUACUGACACCUUCAACCCAUUGUCUUAGUAGUUUAAGUCGUCCUACAUUUUUGCCGCUCCCUCGUCAUUACCCCUACCAGCCACUUAUAUCAAUGGUCUCUGCUACUGUCGUUUGCUAGGCAUACACAUUUCGCUUUUUAGAGCGGCAAAAAUAU